CAAAUGAGUUAUCGGCUCCAAAGCAGCAGCAUCAUCAUCAACACCCGUCUCGGCUUCACCUACUCUCCGAAACACUCCUCUCUUCUGCCCCGCUUCACUCCCAGGGCUUGGUUUCGCUGUUGUAGGAGCCAAAUCGGAAUGGACGGAGAUGAUGCUUCCAAGGCUUGUGAGGUCGUGAUCGGUGACUCUGAGCUUCUGGACCGGAAAAUCGCUGCGAUUCGAAGCGCGGGUCCCAAAAAACUCCAGGUAAUUGUAGAUUUUGAUCGCACAUUAACACGGUAUUCAAUCGACGGCCAACCUGGGCAAAGCAGUCAUGGCCUUUUGCAACAGGGGAAUCCGGAAUAUGAUGCCAAGAGGCAGCAAUUAUAUGAAUACUAUCAUCCGUUGGAGUUCUCUGCAACAAUUCCAAUCGAAGAGAAGACGAGGCUCAUGGAGGAGUGGUGGGGAAAAACUCAUACACUUCUUAUUGAGGGAGGCCUUACAUAUGAUGCGAUAAAGCAAUCCGUUGCUAAUGCCAGAAUUGCUUUUAGAGAGGGCGUUGUCGAACUGUUUAAGUUUUUGGAGGAAAGAGACAUUCCAGUUCUUAUAUUUUCUGCAGGGCUUGCUGAUAUCAUAGAGGAGGUCCUGAGGCAGAAACUUCACAGAUCUUUUAAAAAUGUUAAGGUUGUCUCAAACCAAAUGGUAUUUGACAGUGACGGUUGCCUUGUCUCUUUUAAAGGGAAGACAAUUCAUAGCCUUAAUAAAAAUGAGCAUGCUCUUGAUAUGGCUGCUCCUUUGCAUGAUCAAUUGGGUGAUAUCGAUGGGCCAACUGACAGCAGUGCCUUAGUGAAGAAGAGGACCAAUGUGCUGCUUCUUGGUGAUCACAUUGGGGACUUGGGAAUGUCUGAUGGUUUGAACUACGAGACUCGAAUAUCUGUGGGUUUUCUGAACGACAAUAUUGAGAACUCUCUUGAUGGCUACAGAAAAUCCUUUGAUAUUGUUUACCUGAAUGAUGCACCCAUGUGGGGAGUAGUCGAGCUUGCUUCACAGCUCUGUCCAGCUGGAGGUGGUUGAUUACUAUAUGCAAAUUCACCGAGACUAUCGCGUGUUCAUGGUCGUCUUUUGGGCUCGAUAUGGUGCCUCCAUGUUAAUUAACUUCUUCGUGCUAGAAAAUUGGGAUUCAUGCAUUGCAACUGUUGAUCUAGGAAGCUCCAUGCCCAUAUGCCUGCAGUAACUUCAGUUAUGAUGAUGGAGCUAAUUUUUCAGUGCGGAUUUUGUUAGGUUGACAGCAAUUUUAUACACAAGAUAACAUCAGCAAAGUUUACUUGAUUGAUUCAAUUUAACAAGGUCCCAGAUGACUUACCAGGCUCCUAUGCACAAGCCUUUUCAGUUAGCUUGCUAAUGGUGGCCCAUAAUUUAUGUUUAACUAGAUGCUAUCGGGUUCUCAUGAGCUUCUUUAACAUGCAGCACCAUGAUCUAAUUUUAGAUUUUCAUGAUCUUCAUUAACAUGUAGCAUCUUAAAUAAUAUUUACUCCUAUUAUAUGUUUAUGCUGGUGCUCUAUCUCUGCGCAAAAUCUGGCGGUCAUU